AUGAGGAUUGUUACUAUAAUUCGAAGAGCAAAUUUUGAAAUACGGUAUAAUGAUUAUGUUGAAUAUUUACAAUCUGCUGUUGAUGAAUUAAAUAAAGUUGGAGUUAAUUUAUAUGCAAUAUCAUUACAAAGUGAACCUGAUUUUUCACCAUCAUAUGUAUCAAUUAAAUGGUCACCAAAACAAAUUGCAGCUUUUUUAAAAUCGUAUUCUAGAAAAAUUAAAGGACCGAAAAUUAUGGCACCCGAAUGUGCUCAUUUUAUACCUGAAUAUAAUGAUGCUAUUUUGAAUGAUCCUGAUGUAGCUAAAGGAGUUGAUAUAAUAGCUUGGCAUAUGUAUGGAAUGCAACUAGUAUCACAAACAAAAGCUCAAAAAAUGGGAAAAUCAGCUUGGAUGACAGAAAAGACAAAUGAUGGAAAUGAUUGGAAAAGUUUUAUGGAAACAGCAAAAGAUAUACAUGAUUGCAUGACUAUAGCAAAUUAUAAUGCUUAUGUUUAUUUUUGGUUUAAAGAUCCAAAAUAUGUUUCAAUUAUUGAUAAUAAUUAUGAAAUAACAUCAAGAGGAUAUAUAUUAGGACAAUAUGCAAAAUAUAUAAGACCAGGAUAUUUUAGAAUUAAUGCUACUGAAAAUCCAACAACAAAUAUUUAUGUUAGUGCAUAUAAAGGAAAAGGAAAAGUUAUAAUUGUUGCAAUUAAUAUUGGAUGGCCUGAUAAAAAUCAACAAUUUUCUAUUAAAGGAAUUAAAGCAUUUACUCCUAUUAUUACUGCUACAAAUAAAAAUAUGAUAAAUGGAACAAAGAUUUUAGUUAAAAAUGAAAGUUUUAAUUAUUUACUUCCAGAAUUGAGUGUUGUUACUUUUGUUUCCGUUAAUUAA